GGAUGGGUUUAUUAAGCAUGCACGAUACCCUGCAUCUUAUAAACCCUGUUAUAAUAAUCUAUAUGAACAAUAUGCAAUUGAGCGAUUAGGAAGAGACGACCAUAGAUAUGAAAAAGCCGAAUGGGAGGCUAUAGGAGCAAAACGAUCUGUUUUCUCCAACCCUAAAUUGAAUUCCAGUGAACAUUUGGAAAAUUGCAGAACUCGCUUGAAUUUUGGAAACUCAAGAAACAUAACCACUCCAAACUGA